UUUAUCCCAUCAGUGAGAGCUAGCCGGCACCUGCAAAAAAAAAAAAAAACUCAGCAUAAAGAGUCGAUAUUAUUCUUCUUCCCUGCCUCUAUUAGUUUUAGAUGGGUUCUAUCAAUAGCUUAGGGGGUUGUGACCAAGAGGAGCAACUAGCGAAAAGGAGGAGGUCGGCGUGAAGGAGAUUCUGUCACGGCUUGGCCGGAUCGGGUUUGGUUGAAGGUGGAGUUGGUUCUGCUAUUACAUACGUGGUGGCUGUUGUUGCUGACCGCGGUGAAGAGGGGAGGAGUUGUUGGCUGUCGGCUGGAGGAUGGGAGCUUUUUGUGUUGUUGGUGGUGAGGAGUUGCUUGCCGCGAGUUGAAGGGAAGGGCUUGGUGUUGAAAUGUGAGGCCAUGUGUUUGUAAGAGAUUUAGCAAAAGACAAAAUGAAAAGGAAGUUGGGGUUCACGGGUAUGGCCUCUAGUGAUUAUGGGGAAGGAGAAUGAAAAGUGGGAGGCUGAUGUUCUUGUAUGCUCAAAACUACGAGGGAGACUUUUUUCUUUGGAUAAAGACAAAAAAAAAUUGGUGUGGGGGCUGUCGAUUUCUCAAUAUGGUGGUAUUUUUUUUGGGGCAAUGAUGAACAAGUGUUGGUCUCAACAAAAACUCAUGCAUGGUGGAGGAGUGGGAGAUGGUUGAAUCUUCUUGUUGAAAAAAAGUUGUUUAUUAUGUAGACAUUUUAUUAAAUAUCAUGAUUGUACAUCACGAUAAAAUUUUAAUUAAUAUCGCGAUAUUUAUGAUAUUUUACUGAAACAUUUUGCUUUUGCGCUAUUUUGUAUUUUAUAUGCUAAUUUCCAAAUUUAUCCGAUUAAAACACGGCAUUAGGGCUCAGAGAGAGAUCUCAUCUCUCCCAUUAGAAUCAGGUCCGAUCAUGCACACCCUCUCUCUCUCUCGCUCGUUCAUCUGAUUGUAAGCAGGUCUUUCUUUCUGUUUUCAAUUUCUUUUUUGGCUCCCUAGAAACAUAAUAGAAUCAAUCAUCCACAAAACCCAAAACAACAACAUUAUUUGAUGUGUAUUUGUGAAGAAAUUAAUUCCAAGAGAAACUGAUGGGUUAGUUAAGAGCAUGUGCCGCUUCCGCUGCUGCUUCUGCUUGUGGGGUCUCCAUGGUUUUCAGUGAAUUCGUCUCUUUCCUUCUUCCAGAAACACGUCAAUAAAAAAUGGGGAAGGGCCUGCCUUUCUUUUUCCGCAAAAACAGCCGUCGUCGCUUAAAGAAGGCUGGUGGCCUGCAAUCACCACCAUCUGCUCCGCCUCCUCCACCGUUGAGAUCACCGGAAUUAAUUGAUGCUAAUCACAACAACAACAGUUUGGUGGUUGGGGCAUCGACGGGGCCUGGGAAGGGGAAGAAGAAGGCCGGAGGAGCAGCCAGGCUGUGGAUGAGAUUUGAUAGGUUGGGGAAUUCGGAGUUGGUGGAAUGUGAUAAAAGUGCCAUUAUCAAGCGCGUCUCUAUUCCUGCUAGGGAUUUGAGAAUUCUUGGCCCUGUCUUCUCUCACUCUUCUAACAUUCUUGCCAGGGAGAAAGCCAUGGUUGUCAACUUAGAGUUUAUAAGGGCUAUAGUGACUGCUGAAGAAGUCCUGAUUUUGGAUCCUCUGUGCCAGGAAGUUCUUCCAUUUGUGGAUCAGCUAAGGCAACAACUUCCUCAUAAGACCGCGGUUAACAUCCAGCAGGUCUCUCAGAAUGCAGACACUCAUGCUUCUACCGGGGGCCAAUGGCUGCCUGUUCCAGAAGCUGCUGAAGGUUUGCAGUGUGAGCUUCCAUUUGAGUUUCAAGUUCUGGAGAUUGCUUUGGAGGUUGUCUGUACCUACUUGGACUCCAAUGUGGCUGACCUGGAGAGAGAUGCUUAUCCCGUGCUGGAUGAAUUGGCCAUGAAUGUUAGCACCAAGAAUCUUGAACGUGUUCGCAGUUUGAAAAGUAAUCUCACUCGUCUGCUUGCUCGUGUACAGAAGGUGAGGGAUGAAAUUGAACAUCUAUUAGAUGACAAUGAAGAUAUGGCAGAUUUGUAUUUGACAAGGAAGUGGAUUCAGAAUCAGCAAUCUGAGGCCUUGGUGGGUUCUGCAGCUUCAAAUAGCAUAACCCUUGCUACACCACAUCUCCCUCGACUUGGCUCUAACCGGAGUGCAAGUAUGGUGACUGGCAGUGUUUUGGAUGAUGAUGAUGAUGUAGAGGAUUUGGAGAUGUUGCUUGAGGCCUAUUUUAUGCAGCUAGAUGGAACACGAAAUAAAAUAUUGUCUGUUCGUGAGUAUAUUGACGACACAGAAGACUAUGUCAAUAUUCAGCUUGACAACCAGCGAAAUGAACUCAUCCAGCUCCAACUGAUAUUAACCAUUGCGUCUUUUGCUAUUGCAGUGGACACCCUGAUAGCUGGGAUGUUUGGCAUGAACAUUCCCUGUCAAUUGUAUCAGAUACAUGGGAUAUUUGGCUACUUUGUGGGAAGUUCUUCUACCGGAUGUUUGUUUCUUUUCCUGCUUGUUCUAGGUUAUGCCAGAUGGAAGAAGCUACUUGGUUCAUAAGUCUUUAACUCUUUGCCAGUUGCAGAUGUGUGUUUAAUGUGGUAGAUUCUCACAACUGACUUAUCUGUGAAUCCCAGUACACUGUCUUACAAGUACAUAUUGGAGAGGGCAACCUUACUGUAUGAAAUUACUGGUGAUUUUCUUCAGUCCAUACCAAAGUACGCUACACGUCAGUUUCUUCUUCUCUUCCUCUUUUCUUUUUUCUUGGGGCCUGACAAAAUAUGACUCUUGCAUUCAUGCAAUGCUGAAAUUUUUUAUCCUUUUCAUGGCAACCAAACAGAGGGCUGUAAAAGUUGUGUUUAUGUUGCUAUUUUUUUUGCCCUGUGUAUUAUAUCGUCGACUUGAGAUUUUAGUCGUGAGAUUGGCUGUAAGGAUAAGUUAUUUACAUUUUAGUUUUAAAACCCGAGACAAAUCUUGGAUCA